GCCACCAUAUUAACAAGAAAAAAUAAACAGAUAAAAAAUAAAAAGAAAAAAAAAUGGCAACUGUGUGUCUCUCAAAUCCUAAAUCUUUUCUUCCAUCAUCUUCAUUUUCCACUAGAAAACAAAUAAUUUUGUGCAAAGCAGAGAAUAAUGUAUGUAAUUUUAGUUCAAUUAUUAGCAAGAGAAGUCUAUCAAUUAGCCUUGCAUCAAGUUUGUUGCUUUCUUUAACUGGAAAUGGAACUUUUAAUGCAAAUGCUGCAAUUUUAGAAGCUGAUGAGGAUGAUGAGUUGAUGGAAAAAGUUAAAAAGGAUAGAAAAAAAAGGCUUGAAAGACAAGGCAUUGUCAAUUCCUCCUCAAAGGAAAAAGGAUACUUGCAAGAUUUGGUAUACAAGCUCAGUAAAGUAGGCCAAGCUAUAGAGAAAAAUGAUUUAUCUGCAGCAAGUUCAGUUCUUGGCCAAAACACUGAUGCAGAUUGGUUGCAGAAAGUUAAUUCAGCACUCAACAAGUUUAGUGGUAGCGAUGAGGAGAAGUCAGAGAUCGAUUCCUUCAAUUCUUCGCUAUCUUCUCUUGUUUCAUCAGUUACUAAGAAUGACAUUGAAGGAUCAAAAACAGCUUUUGUGGCAUCAGCUAGUGCAUUUGAGAAAUGGACAACAUUAACAGGGUUGAUUGAAGAGCUAAAAGGGCUUUGAAGCGAAAAAAGAAAUUAGUAUAUUAUAUGAGAAUUUGGUCUAUAUCAACAUGUUUUUACCUUUUAACUUUCUUUUACUGUUUGUGUAACCACAAAGUAAUAAUUCUUUUACAUUGUCUUUUUUUCCUAUGUCAAAUGAAUCAUUUGAGUUAUACAAUGUAAUUUGAACAACAGUUAUGAAGCUAAAUCUCUGAGCAAAAUGACUGGAUUUCUGUUA